UAUUGGCUACCCCGUGGUGACUCUGGGCUUUGGCUUUAAGAGCUACGUCAGCUACAAGAUGAGACUGAGGAAACAGAAGGAGGUGCAGAAGGAGAAUGACUUUUACAUGCAGCUCCUGCAGCAGGCCCUGCCCCCAGAGCAACAGAUGUUACAGAGACAGGAGAGAGAGGCAGAGGAGGGUGAGAUGGAUCAUUCAGUACACACCUCACUUUACUCUGAGCAACAGAUGCUACAGAGACAGGAGAGGGAGGCAGAGGAGGGUGAGAUGGAUCAUUCAGUACACACCUCACUUUACUCUGAGCAACAGAUGCUACAGAGACAGGAGAGAGAGGCAGAGGAGGGUGAGAUGGAUCAUUCAGUACACACUUCACUUUACUCUGAGCAACAGAUGCUCCGCCAACAAUUGGAAGGUGAUAGACAAGCACACACUGUUGUAAUCUUACCUGAACUCUUCCUAACGUUGCUUCCUCCUUUCUAGCGGCCAUGGCUAAAGGUGUGUCAUCAGAGGUGGACACUACCCCUCCGGUUUCCCAAAACGGGUCAACUCCCGGCAAGAAGACCCCCGUUAACGCUUCUGUCCCCUUACCGGAACUGGAGUACCGGGAGAAAGGGAGAGACGGGAACAGCAAGGAGCGGGAGGGCAAACAACAACAACAACAACACACCAUAGGAAUCAACAACAACAGUAUCCUCCACACACUGGACUCCACAUUACAGGAGACAGAGUAUAUGGAGAACAUGGGGGGGAAGAGACUGAACAAUGACCUCGGAGGAGAGAGCACAGACACAGACAACACACACACUCCCAAAGAGGAUAUGGGGGGAACAGGAGGAGGAGGAGGAGGAGGAGGAGGGAAGAACUACAAAAACGCCAGCGGAGGCGGUGUGGCCACCAACUCCUCCCCUCGGAAUCACAGCGCCACCAAUGGGACCGUGCCGUCGUCUGGCUCGUCCAAUAAGAAUGAGAAAAAGCUGAAGUCUGCGGGGAAAGGAGGAGCCAAUCAGAAGGAUCCCGUGGAGAACUGCAUUCCCAAUAAUCAACUGGGCAAGCCAGAUGCUCUCGUCCGGUAAGACACACACAUAGGCCCAUAGCCAAUGUACACCCACAUAUAGGCAGGUAGGCAGGUAGGCAGGCACAGACACAUGUAGGUUUCACACUCCCCUUGGUGGCCUUUCAGGCCGUACUACAAUGCAGUCGGGCUUCUCACAGCAACCAAAGGUGUGCCACGUCAUCAGAUCUCAUACGAUGUGUGUAGCUGUUAUGUUAAACACCUAUUCAUGUGUUCUGAGAUCUGGCAGGAAACUGCAAUGUGGUGAAAAGCUGAAACAUCGAUCCUCUCUCCCCUUUCCCUCUCUAGGCUGGAGCAGGAAGUGAAGCGUCUGAAGGCAGACCUGCAGGCGAGCCGUCAGUUGGAGUCAGAGUUACGUUCUCACCUCUCCUCUCUGACCUGCCAGGACAGGAGUCUGCGCUCAGAGCUGGGCCAGCUGCGACAAGACAAUGAGAUGCUGCAGAACAAGUAAGUCAACACACACACCAGACACACACACACCACACACAGACUCACACCACACACACACACACACACACAAACACACACCACACACAGACACACAGACUCACACCACACACACACACCAGACACGCGCACACACACACCACACACAGACUCACACCACACACACACACACCACACACCAACACACACACACCACACAAACACACAGACACACAACACACACACCAACACACCACACACACCAACACAAACACACAACACACCACACACACCACACACAGAUACCAACACAGACACACACUCACACCACACACACAACCACCACACACACCACACCAACAGACUCACACCCACACACACACACACACACACACACCACACCACACCAGACACACACACAGACUCACACCACACACACACACCACACACACACACCCACACAACACACAACCAACACACACACAGCCCACCACCACACACACACACACCACACACACACACACCACACACACCACACACAGCACACACACACACCACACACACACACACCACACACACACACACACCACACACACACACACCACACCAAACCACACACACCACCACACACCAACACACACACACCACACACAGACACACACACACACACACACAGACACACACACACACAGACACACACACACUCACUCGAGGCCUGGGAACAAUAUCAAUCUACAGAAGCCAAGGUUCUCAAACUAUUAGCGCGUUGGAAGGGAUCGGCCUGAGCGUAAUCACUAAUCUUGAUCACAUAAAGAGUGUUUAUUUUGGAUGCAAGGGGAUCUGUAGAUCAGGGAACCUGAUUCUGUGUUCCCCUCCAACAUGCAGAUUCAUUCUGACUUAGAAACUCAGGGAACAAACUUUGUGGCUGUGUUUGUGUGUCCAUCUCUAACUGUGUUUGUGUGGCGUGUGCUCCACAGUGCUGUCCAGGCCAAGCAGAAGGACAAGCAGACCAUCUCCCAGCUAGAGAAGAGGCUGAAGGCAGAGCAGGAGGCCCGGGCCCUGGCGGAGAAACAGCUGGCCGAUGAGAGGAAGAGGAAGAGGCUGGAGGAGGCCACCUCAGCCCGGGCUUUAGCAUUGGCCGAAGCCUCCAGGUAGGAAACCCCACACCAGGGAUUCCGUUGGCCGGUAAUAGCCGGCUUUUGGCUGAUUUAAAAAUAAAUAAAUGAAAAGCCGAUGAAUAAAAUAUUGUUUAUUAUCCUCUUGACUGAUGGAAAUACCAGUUGGUGUAAUUACAUUUGACUGGUCAUGCUUAUCGGUCUAUAGGUCAAUUUGCAUAAUUUAGUGUCAUUAAAUUGGCGCAUAUGUACAGUAUAUUCGUUAUGUGUCUUAUUUAUCACACGCAUACUGCAUACAGAGACAGAGCCUUUGAGUAGAACAUCUGUCAGACAGACAAGACCUGCUGCUGCUGCAUCUUAUGGUGCUUUCAAGACAACUGGGAAGUCUGAAAAAUACGAGGUCAAAUCAUGACGUCCGUGAUCGUCAGGUCGGAAAGUUGGAGCUCUAGAAAGAGUUCCGAGUUGGAAUUCCGAUUUGGAUGACCGUUCAAAACGCGUUUUUUCUUUUUUCUUUCUCCCAGUUACCAGUUGUCUUGAACACACUGAAGUCGGAAGUCGGAGAUUUCCGAGUUGCCAGUCGUUUUGAAUGCGGCAUCAAACGGGCAACGGAAGGCAGGUUUUAUCAGCGCGUCCUACACCACUUUGCAAUGAACUGGAGGCAGUGUGCAUUUUGAAAACAUAUACUUAAUCGUUUGUAACCUGAACGUUUUAAUCCAUUUUAUGAGGCAUUACCUUGCCUUGCUUCUAAGUAGCCUAUUAGAUCUCCUCUCAUUCUUCAUCUCUGUCACAUGAAACCACUCGCAUGUGCAGUGCCUUUUUGACAACAGUUUUUUCCCCUCUAAUUGCAUUAUGGGACGAACAUUGGCGAAUAGCCUACUGCCUAAUGCGCAUUGCUGUGCUUAUAAUGUGAAGAAAUAAUAAUUUAAGCUAAACGUUCUUAUCUGUUAAAUCAGAUUUAUUGCUUUUUUACGUUUUUUUUCUUUAUGUAGCCUAGGCUAACUGGUUGUAGGAAUUUGGGAUCUAUCGUCCCACAACUGUCCCAGAGUCUGUUUGGAAUAGGCUAUUUCUUUCUUGACAAGCUGGCCGAUAGAAUAGGUAGCCUAAAGGUUUCUACUGUAGUAGAUUGACAUAGGCUAGUGAUUUAGCUGUUCGUUACUCGUCUUGUGGGCUGAGGAAAAGUACAUGUGGACAGUUAUUCUAACAUCUUAAAAGUGCGCAUCAGAAUUCGGUAAGAUGGACCGCACAUCGUUUCAUCCUCGACUUGCAUGUUCUGUUAAUACGAAUGUACGUUACAUUUAAAAUGUUGCCGUCAAAUGUCAAAAACCCUGACUCUAUCUCUCUCAGGGGUGAGUGUACUGACUCCCUGCGUGGUCGGAUCAGAGAGUUGGAGACGGAGUGUAAGAAAUUCGGCAUCGACAUGAAACUCAAAGAAGAACACAUUAGAGAGCUGGAGGGGAAAUGCCAGGUGAGUCAAUCCAUCCAUCCAUCUUAGAAAUGCAUCCUUUCUAUGAGCGCAUUGUCUCAUGAAUGACCGAAGCAGGGUGCCGCUGAUUUCUGACUGGAACUUCCUUACUAAGAUCUUUCCAUUUUAGUCAUUUUAGCUCUGAUCCAGAGCGACCUAAAGUAGUGAGUGCAUACAUAUUCUUACUUUUUCGUACUGGUCCCCUGUGGGAAUCGAACCCACACCCAAAAGACAGAAGACCAACAGAGGCGGAGAGAGACGAGAGAAGGGAGAGAGAGUAGAACGAGAGAGAGGCGCGAGAGAGAGAAAGAGGAGAGAGAGAGAGAGAGAGCAGGAGAGACAGAGAGAAAAAAAGAGAGGGACAAAAGAGAGAGGAGACAAAAGGGAGCAGAGGGCAAGAGCGAACAAAGAAAAGGGAGAGAGGAGACGAGGGGAAAAGUACGAGCUAAAGCGCGUGACGCAGAGAAGCAGAGAGAGAGAGUAGAAAACCAAGGGAGAUCGAGGACCAAAAACGAGAAGAGACGGAGUCACCCCGACUAGAGAAAAAAAAAAUGAAACUACCUUCUCACACACCCCUAUCCUCUCAACCCCCUCUAUCCCUCUCUCUCUCUCUCUCUCUCGUCUCUCUUCUCUACCCCCCUUUUCUCUCUCUCUCUUCUCUUCCCCCUCCUCUCUCUAGGAGCUGUAUAAGUACAAGGAGAAUGAGAAGGACAUGGAGGUGUUGAUGACAGCGCUGUCAGCCAUGCAGGAUAAAACCCAGCACCUGGAGAACAGCCUGUCUGCUGAGACCAGGAUCAAACUAGACCUCUUCUCUGCCCUUGGGGACGUCAAGAGACAGCUGGAGAUUUCACAAGGUACAGUUCCCUUACCUGACCCACUACCACGGUCCUACAGCCAAGGUACAGUUCCCUUACCUGACCCACUACC